GGAGAAGCCGGACUAUAAACCUCCGGUUGGUGGUGGUUAUCCGCUUGAAGAAGAUCGGCCGGUGGCGGUUUGGGCUGCGGCGAUUAGAGGAGGCGAACCCUGAAUUACUCUGUGUGGCAGUUCAGAAUGAUGGAUCAAGCCAGAUCAGCAUUCUCUACUUUGUUUGGUGGAGAGCCAUUGUCGUAUACCCGGUUUAGUCUGGCUCGACAGGUAGAUGGUGAUAACAGUCAUGUGGAGAUGAAACUGGCUGCAGAUGAAGAAGAAAAUGGUGACAGUAACAUGGGGGGUAAUCAUGCCAACGUCACAAAACCAAGAAGGUUUGGUGGAACUAUCUGCUAUGGAAUUAUUGCUAUCAUCAUCUUUUUCUUGAUUGGAUUUAUGAUUGGCUACUUGGGCUAUUGUAAACGUGCAGAAGCAAAAACUAAGUGUGAGAAACCGGCAGUAACAGAAUCUUCAGACACAGAAGAGACAGAGAACUCAGAGGCAGAAGAGUAUUUCCCUGAAACACCUCACUUAUUUUGGGGAGAUCUCAAAACAAUGUUGUCACAGAAACUGGAUCCCGCAGCGUUCACCAGCACCAUCAAGAAGCUGAAUGAAAAUCUAUAUAUCCCUCGAGAAGCUGGAUCUCAAAAAGAAGAAAAUCUUGCAUUUUUUAUUGAAAAUAAAUUCCGUGAAUAUAAACUCAGCAAAGCCUGGCAUGAUGAACAUUUUGUUAAGAUUCAGGUCAAAGGCAGUGCUGAUCAAAACUCGGUGUCCGUGAUGAGUGUAGACGGUAACUCGUUCUCCCUGGUGGAGAAUCCUGAGGGCUAUGUGGCCUAUAGUAAAGCUACGACAGUUACUGGUAAACUGGUCCAUGUUAAUUUUGGCACUAAAAAUGACUUUGAGAAGUCAGAUUCUUCUGUGAAUGGAUCUUUAGUGAUUGUUAGAGCUGGGAAGAUCACUUUUGCAGAAAAGGUUGCAAAUGCUGAAAGCUUUAAUGCAGCUGGUGUUUUGAUAUACAUGGACCAUGCUAUGUUUCCCAUUGUUAAGGCAGACCUUCCACUCUUUGGGCAUGCUCAUCUGGGAACAGGUGACCCUUAUACACCUGGAUUCCCUUCCUUUAAUCACACUCAGUUUCCACCAUCUCAGUCAUCAGGAUUGCCUAACAUACCUGUCCAAACUAUUUCCAGAGCUGGUGCAGAAAAGCUGUUUGGAUAUAUGGAAGGAGACUGUCCUUCUAUUUGGAAAACAGACUCUUCCUGCAAAUUGCUAUCCUUAGAAAAUAAGAAUGUGAAGCUCACUGUGAAAAAUGUGCUGAAAGAGACAAAAAUUUUUAACAUCUUUGGUGUUAUCAAAGGCUUUGAAGAACCAGACCGGUAUGUUGUGGUAGGGGCCCAGAGAGAUGCCUGGGGUUCUGGAGCUGCAAAAUCCAGUGUAGGAACAGCUCUUCUCUUGGAACUUGCCCGGAUAUUCUCAGAUAUGGUCUUAAAAGGUGGGUUUAAACCCAAAAGAAGCAUUGUCUUUGCCAGCUGGAGUGCUGGAGAAUUUGGAGCUGUUGGUGCCACUGAAUGGCUAGAGGGAUACCUUUCCACUUUGCAUUUAAAGGCUUUUACGUACAUUAAUCUGGAUAAAGCUGUUCUUGGUACCGGCAACCUCAAGGUUUCUGCAAGCCCACUGUUGUAUUCACUUAUUGAGAAAACGAUGCAAGAUGUGAAACAUCCAAUUACUGGACAGACUAUAUACUGGGAUAGCAACUGGACCAACAACGUUGAGAAACUUUCUAUUGAUAAUGCUGCUUUCCCUUUCCUUGCGUAUUCUGGAAUCCCAGCAGUUUCUUUCCGUUUUGGUGAGGACACAGAUUAUCCUUAUUUGGGCACUACCAUGGAUACCUAUGAAGUUCUGAGUCAGAAAAUUCCUCAGUUGAACAAAAUGGCAUGUGCAGCAGCAGAAGUGGCUGGCCAGCUCAUAAUUAAACUUAUCCAUGACAUUGAAUUGAACUUGGACUAUGAGAAGUAUAAUGACAAAUUACUUUUAUUUUUGAAGGAUAUUAAAGAAUUCAAAGCAAACAUAAAGGAGAUGAAUCUGACUCUGCAGUGGCUGUAUUCUGCACGUGGAGACUUUUUCCGUGCUGUUUCGAAACUAACAACCGAUUUCAGGAAUGCCGAGAAAGCAGACAAAUUUGUCAUGAGGGAAAUUAAUAACCGUAUCAUGAAAGUGGAAUAUCACUUCCUCUCACCUUAUGUAUCUCCAAGGGAUUCUCCCUUCCGACAUAUCUUCUGGGGCUCUGGCUCUCACACUCUGUCAGCUUUACUAGAGAACUUGAAGCUGCGUCAGAAAAAUAGCAAUGCUUUUAAUGAAACACUCCUGAGAAACCAAUUGGCUCUAAUUACUUGGACUAUUCAGGGUGCUGCAAAUGCCCUCUCUGGUGACAUUUGGGACAUUGACAAUGAGUUUUAGAAUGUGAUGCCCAUAGCCUAUUCUAAGAAUGGAAGGGCAGUCUGGUUUCUAGACUUGUGCUGGUUUUGAUAAAUUUUCAGUAGGGCAACAAAACCUAAUGUUAAAAUUCUACCCAAUUAUCUUGGUACUUCUAGAUAUCUUUAGGCAGCAGCUUAAUACAAGGUAGGUACCUGUACACUUCAAGUUAAAGUGAAUAACCUCUUAAGAAUGUUCAAGAUAAUAUAUUUUCUCUGAUUAUCUCUAGAAUUCUAGGUGCUUUGUAAUGGUAACUGCCUCUUUGCUGUUACAGUUAUGAAAAAGUCAGAACCAGUUACAUGAACUAUUGCUUUAAAUCCUAAGGACGUGAGCUGGUAUCUUUUGAGGUGGGAGGAGGAAGGUGGUAUAUACUAAAGGCUAAAAGUGGUAGGUUAAUGUAAUCCUCCAUUUUUAUUUGAUGCUAGAUAGGAGAUACCAGGUUGUAAGACCUUAUUCUCCAAAUGAAAUAGAGGCCUCUCCAUAAGGAUUUAGCUGGUUUUCAUCCACAUGCCUGUAUGAACAGUUAACUUUUAGAAGAGAUGGGACUUGUUUUCCAGCCAACAAGAUGUGAAAUAGAGGUCCUUCAGGUGGAUAAAAUGAGGUUCAACUGUUUAUCACGGAAGUAAGGCCUUAAUGUGUUAACCUCAAGGUUAUUUAUGAAAAGAGGAUACCAGAAGCCAAAGACUUAGUAUAUUUUCUUUUCUUCUGUCCCCAGCCCCAUAAGCUUUUGUUUAGUGUUCUAUUUUUGUUUUUUUUCCCCAAAGUAUUUCAAAAAAAGAGAACCAGUUUUAGGUGUUUGAUUUCAGACUCAGUUUGUCAGACUCUAAAGAACACAUUGCCAAAUUUUGGCCAAAGUGUUCAUCUUGUGGGAAAGUUUCUAUCAUUUUGGCACUGAGAUAUUUAUUGUUUAUUUAUCAGUGACAGAGUUCACUAUAAAUGGUGUUUUUUUAAAAUAGAAGAUAAUUAUCGGAAGCAGUGCCUUCCAUAAUUAUGACAGUUAUACUGUCGGUUUUUUUUUUAAAUAAAAGCAGCAUCUGCUAAUAAAACCCAACAGAUACUGGAAGUUUUGCAUUUAUGGUCAAUGCUUGGGGGUUUUAGAAAACAGCCACAUAAAAUAAAAAUAAGCCAAAUAAAUUAUAACACUAAAUAUUAGGAAAGAAUGAAAUUUAACUAGAAUUGCUAGUCAAGUUGGACUUCUAUUUAGCUGAGCAGAUAAAAAUGAUAGUUUUCCUAAAUGCAAUGAAUUUUAUUAUGUUGUAAAUAAAUGUCACUUAAAGGCUGUGGUAAUACUUUUAUGUGCAAAAUUUUACAGCUCAGUUUGUCCAAGGUGUAACUUUAAUUCCAAUUUUGCAAAAUUUCCAGUACCUUUGUCACAAAUCUAAUUCACAUUAUCGGAAGCAGUGUCUUCCAUAAUGUAUAAAGAACAAGGUAGUUUUUGCCUACCACAGUGUCUAUAUCGGAGACAGUGAUCUCCAUAUGUUACACUAAGGGUGUACGUAAUUAUCGGGAACAGUGUUUCCCAUAAUUUUCUUCAUGCAAUGACAUCUUCAAAGCUUGAAGAUCGUUAGUAUCUAACAUGUAAUCCCAACUCCCUAUAAUUCUCUAUCUUUUACUUUUAGUUGCAGAAACAUUUUGUGGUCAUUAAGCAUUUGGUGGGUAAAUUCAACCACUGUAAAAUGAAAUUACUUCAAGAUUCUUUUUUUUAAAAAAAACCUAAUGUAGGUGUUAUGUUUGUGGUGUCUCGGGGUCUUUGUUUAGUGGGAUAGUAGCAUACAUUUAUAAUGUUUGCUGUUGACAAAUGAAUUUAACUUUUCCCUUAUUUGCAUGUAUUGCCUAUAAACUUAGUUCAGACAGGUUUGAGUCUAGACUGACCUUUUGGCUUAAAGCAGGGGAAACUUGUAUAGGAGGUUGGGUGGGCGAGUAAAGGAUGUGGGGAGGUGAAGCUUGCAAAAGGGUCUUUGAUCAUGUCUCCUACCCAUUAGUAUAUGGUGGUCAUACUUAAAUGUAGUAUAUUGAACAAAUAAGGUUGAGGCUACAUGAGUAUAGGCUUUAUUUUCUAGUCAGCCACCAUUGUAAACUUGAUAAACAGCUUUCAUUGUAGACCAGUUCAGAACUUCCAACUAAGGAAAAGUCUAUAGGUUCUUAAACUUAGUGUUACCUAAAAUAGAGUCUAGAUUAUUACAGCCUCACUGAAUUGUUUCACUAUUCACAGUCUCUUUAAUCUUCACAGUGUUCUAUCUUGGACUGAUGUUUAUUGUAGCUAAGUAAAAAAAGGUCAUAGCUGGGACUCCUGGGUUUAGGUAUCAUGAUACAUACUUUAAUGAAAGCUCAGUAACUUUAAGGAAUAGUAAGAAUAAAGGACACACUUUAGAACAGUAACUGUUUUUUUUUUUUUUUUUAAACAAAGAAGCAAACAACCAACCUUUUCUAUGGUUAAGGUUUAGUUAUUUCCAAUCAAACAAGCCAGUAAGAAUCUUAAUAUUACUGGAUGAAAUGUGUUUCUGACUAAUGACAACCUGCUAGUCUUCAGAUUUUUUCUGGCUAAAGAUCAUAUCUGAAUUUUGAAAGUAAAGGAUAAAAUGAGUGAGUGCUCUCAUGAUUCACUAUUCUAGGCCUUGCAUGACCUUUACUGUCCAGUGCUUGUUCUUUGAAUGUUCUUGAAUGUUUUAGUUGGCUAAAGAUGGCUUGUCAGACUUUCCAACCUAUUGCUCAGCAAUAUCUUUUUAAACAAGUGAUAUGCCCUUAAUUGUAUACAAGCUGGAAUGUGCAACAACGUGGAGAUUCCUUAUCUUACUUAAUAAAAUGCUUGAACACUGA